GGGCCCGGGAGCCUGUGGCUUCAAGAAGCGGAGGUUGGGGAGUCUGGCUGCGCGCUUGGCUGCAAUGAGCUCGGCCUCGGGGCUCCGCAGGGGGCACCCGGCAGGAAACCUGCUGCUGUCUGUCGGUUUGAGCCAAAACCACAAUAACUUUAUUCUGCAAAGUAAUCAACUGUUAAGAGCGUGGGGAAGAAAACAUGACAGAAACAGAUGCCUUCUAUAAAAGAGAAAUGUUUGAUCCGGCAGAAAAGUACAAAAUGGACCACAGGAGGAGAGGAAUUGCUUUAAUCUUCAAUCAUGAGAGGUUCUUUUGGCACUUAACACUGCCAGAAAGGCGGGGCACCUGUGCAGAUAGAGACAAUCUUACCCGCAGGUUUUCAGAUCUAGGAUUUGAAGUGAAAUGCUUUAAUGAUCUUAAAGCAGAAGAACUACUGCUCAAAAUUCAUGAGGCGUCAACUGUUAGCCACGCAGAUGCCGAUUGCUUUGUGUGUGUCUUCCUGAGCCAUGGCGAAGGCAAUCACAUUUAUGCAUAUGAUGCUAAAAUAGAAAUUCAGACAUUAACUGGCUUGUUCAAAGGAGACAAGUGUCACAGCCUGGUUGGAAAACCCAAGAUAUUUAUCAUUCAGGCAUGUCGGGGAAACCAGCACGAUGUGCCAGUCAUUCCUUUGGAUGUAGUAGAUAAUCAGACAGAGAAGUUGGACACCAACAUAACUGAGGUGGAUGCAGCCUCCGUUUACACGCUGCCUGCUGGAGCUGACUUCCUCAUGUGUUACUCUGUUGCAGAAGGAUAUUAUUCUCACCGGGAAACUGUGAACGGCUCAUGGUACAUUCAAGAUUUGUGUGAGAUGUUGGGAAAAUAUGGCUCCUCCUUAGAGUUCACAGAACUCCUCACACUGGUGAACAGGAAAGUUUCUCAGCGCCGAGUGGACUUUUGCAAAGACCCAAGUGCAAUUGGAAAGAAGCAGGUUCCCUGUUUUGCCUCAAUGCUAACUAAAAAGCUGCAUUUCUUUCCAAAAUCUAAUUAAUUAAUAGAGGCUAUCUAAUUUUACACUCUGUAUUGAAAAUGUCUUUCUCAGCCGGGCGUGGUUACUCACACCUGUAAUCCCAGCACUUUGGGAGUCCAAGGUGGGCAGAUCACCUGAGGUCGGGAGUUCGAGACCAGCCUGACCAACAUGGAGAAGCCCCGUCUCUACUAAAAAUACAAAAAAAAAUUUAGCUAGGCAUGGUGGUGCAUGCCUGCAAUCCCAGCUACUUGGAAGGCUGAGGCAGGAGAAUCACUUGAACCCAGGAGGUGGAGGCUGCGGUGAGCCGAGAUUGCACCAUUGCACUCCAGCCUGGGCAACGAGUGAAACUCCGUCUCAAAAAAAAGAAAAUGUCUUUCUCUUCCUUUUAUAUAAAUAUCGUUAGGGUGAAGCAUUAUGGUCCAAUGAUUCAAAUGUUUUAAAGUUUAAUGCCUAGCAGAGAACUGCCUUAAAAAAAAAAAAAAAAAAAAGUUCAUGUUGGCCAUGGUGAAAGGGUUUGAUAUGGAGAAACAAAAUCCUCAGGAAAUUAGAUAAAUAAAAAUUUACAUGCAUUUGUAUUAUUUUUUAAUAAACUGCAGGGUUACACAAAAAUCUAGCUGAUUUAACUUGUAUUUUGUCACUUUUUAAUAAAAGUUUAGUUUGAUGUUUUUAAAGGUUUUUGAAAUCCAGGAAUUAAUUAAAUCAUCCCUUAAUAAAAUAUUUGAAAUUCAUAUUUUA